AUGCUCCUCGUCGCGUCGAGCGAGGGUGAUGACGGCCAAGACGCGAGCGUUAUCAUCGACGGCGGCGUUUCCGCGACGGAAUAUCUCGCGGUGACGCUCAACGAGACGCUGCCGGGGAUCGACGCGAACGACCCUUCGAAGACGCUCGGGACGAUUAAACUCUACGCGUCCGUGGUGAGUAACCUCGGCGUGUUAACGGACUUCGAACCGCCGUUUUCAUUCGAGUGGUCCUCCUGGAUCGACGCGCUGUUCGAUCGCUUCUUCGUGUUCUUCGAAAACGUCGACUCCGGCGGCGCGUCGAACGCGAGCGGGUCGGACAAACACCGCGGCGGCGCCGGCGGCGACGGCGGCGCGUCCUAUCUCAUGGGCUCGUCGUCGAUGUACUCGCCCUUAAUGCGGCUUCUCUUCGCGCGGAUGCACACCUCCACGCGCGCGAGGGCGGUCGAAAAGAUCGCGCGGUUCGUGUUGGGGAGCACGCACGCGGGGCUCACCGCGGAGGUUGGGCAGAUGGUCAUGGCCGCGACGACGGAAGCGCCCGAGGAGGCGUCCCCGAAACUGGUGCGGCCAAUCUUGCGCGCGCUCGCCGAGGAACUCUCCGUCGCGCGGCGCGCGGCGACGUCCGACGGCGACGCGCGCCCGGAGUCCAUCAUCUCGCCGACGCGAGAGGCGAAGCUCCGGUGGUUGAACGGCCUCCUCGGCGCGGGUCUGCACUACGGCGGCGAGAGGACGGCGGUCAUCGCGGACGAGAUCGCGGCGGCGGCGCGCGACAUGUUCGCAACAUCCGUGCUCGCGAAAUCGCUCCCGCUCGCGGAGAUGGGCGCGCACCUCACGUCGUUACUGUGCGGCGCGAUGACGCGGACGUACGUCAACGACCUCUUCGCGGCGGAGGCGGAGGGAGGAGACGAGGCGAGGGGCGCAUUUCCGAGCGCGUGGGUCGUGAGCAAGGUGAGAGAGGGCGAGGACGACGCGUCCAUGCCGAGGCCGUUUUUGUGGCGAAAACCGUCGGAGAGAGAGCUCGAGAUCGCCCGGGCGUUGUGCGCCGAGUUUCUCGAGACGCCGUGCCGCGCGCUCCUGGACGCGCACGGCGGCGACGGCGACGGCGACGGCGACGGCGACCCCGCUCGCGCGAUGAGCAAAGAGGAAACGCGCGCCGCGCUCGCGGCGAUCGGCGGCGUCGCGAGCGGCUUUCGCACGCGCAUGCGAGACUUCGCGCCGACGCCGUCGCCCGACGAGGCCUCCGCCGGCCGCGACGGUGGGUUCACCGUCGUCGGCGUCCAGGACGUCCACGCGCCGUUCGUGGGCGUCGAGACGCGCGACCUCGCCGGCCGCGCGGUCGCCGCGGUCUUGAACCGCGUCUCCGCGGACGACGUGGACACGCUCGGGAUGGCGUUGUCCGUCGCGGAGGACGUCCUGUCGCCGUUCCACCGAGACUACCACGGCGUCAAGGCGGCGCUUCGCACGUGGCACUCGGACGCGACCGCGCUGACGGCUCCGCAGACGCGCCCGGACGGGGAUAAGACGCGACCGCGGUGGCUCGUCGGCGAGCACAUGUUCUUGCGGUUCCUCUGGCGGUCGUCCCAGGCGGCGUACCACGCGGGCGGGCCCGGGUCUUCGCCGCCGACGGCGGCCGGGUACGUCCGACUGAUGGACGCCGCGAGAAGGACGGCGCGGACAAGGCGCAGGCGGCGGUGA